ACGUUAAAGUAGACGUUCAAUCAAAAAUGACGUGUCAAUUUCAUGUUUAUUGUUUUCUCUGUUAAAAAAAUUAUGAUUAAUUAACUGCUAUAAUGAACUGUUCAGUGUGUGUUGAACAUACGUUGUUAUAUGGAUAGCUUGUGAUUAUUGAAGGACAUCAAAAUCUGGUUCAAUUUAAUAAUGCAAUGCUUCCUAGAAGACGUCGGACUGGUUCAGAAAACGAGACGUCAGUGGUAGUUGGUGGUGAAAGUUAUUGGACGCAUUCCAAAUCGAAUACGGUGUCUCAAUUGAACUCUUCAUAUCCAAAUAAUGUAUCCCUGGAUUACUUUACAGACGACUUUGUAGAGGAAUGCAUUGAACCUGACCCAAUCAUGACUGCAAGGGACCGAACCAGUGAAUUUGUCAAUACUAUACAGACUUUACAGGGCCGUAAUAUAGCAAGAGCUGUUGCUGCUAGGGAUCCUAAGAGAUCCAGAGCAUUACAGAAUCAUUCUGAAUUUAUGUUGAUUGCAAAAAAUGUUGGCAAGAACAUUGCCAAUACAUAUUCUAAGUUAGAAAAACUCACUGUGUUGGCAAAGCGGAAAUCUUUAUUUGAUGAUAAAACAGCAGAAAUCCAAGAAUUGACUUAUAUAAUUAAAGGUGAUCUUAGUAGUUUGAACCAACAAAUAGCCCAGCUCCAAGAAGUGUCAAAGCAACAGAGGCAAACUAGCAAUGGAAAGCAUUUAUUAUCUCAUUCUAGUAGUGUUGUACUGACCCUCCAGUCAAAACUAGCUAGUAUGUCUACAGAUUUCAAACAAAUAUUGGAAGUGAGAACAGAAAACCUGAGGCAUCAGAAAAAUAGGAGGGAGCAAUUUUCACAGGGUGGACUACCUCCACCAACAUCAACAGGUAGUAUUUUACUGCAAGAUCAAGACCAAGUUAGUAUAGAUCUGGAAAGUACAGCUCUCAUUCCUAAACAACAAAAUCAGAUGCAAGCAGCAUUGAUGUAUGAUGAGACAGACAACUACCUGCAUAGUAGGGCAGAAACUAUGCAGAACAUUGAGUCUACCAUUGUGGAACUUGGUGGCAUUUUUCAGCAGCUGGCUCACAUGGUGAAAGAGCAAGAAGAGAUGGUGGAACGGAUAGACACCAAUGUACAGGAUGCUGGGAUGAACAUUGAUGCUGCCCAUGCACAGAUUGUCAAAUAUUUCAAAUCAGUAUCUUCAAACAGGUGGUUGAUUAUAAAGAUUUUCGGCGUUCUUAUAUUUUUCUUCAUAUUCUUUGUUGUGUUUUUUGCAUAAUCAUAACUGUGUACAUUUUCAUAAAGAAAUAUAUUUAAUUAUUAUACAGGGUGUUUCAA